UAAGUUCCAGUGUUUCCGUGGGGGCAGAAAAACAUCAGCAGCGCAAAGAUGGCGGCCUCCUUGCUGCGAUUAGGACGAGUUGGGUCUCUCAAGUGUCUCCGGCUGGAGACCUGGAGCGUUCUGAGGAGGGCACCGGCUGCUGCUCUCUGCACCAAGGCAGACGAACCCAAAAAAACGCCCAAAAAGGCAAAGGCUCCGAGUAAGAAAGCGGCCCCAGCUCCUCCAGAACCAGAACCUGAGCCCUUUGACAACAGCACUUACAAGAACCUGCAGCACCACCAUUACCACCUCUACACCUUCGUGGACAUGGACGUGGAGAUGGCCAAAUUCAGGCUGCCCCAGCCAUCCUCGGGUCGACCUUCCCCCAGGCACUGAACCCCCGGAGCUUCGUCCGGGUGCCACAGAGGCCCUUUGUGUCUGUGUGUGUCCUUUAAGUUAAAUGUCCCAAUAGAUCCCCAUCUCCUCAAAGACACUUGUAAUCCUGCUUAUAAAAUAAAAAUAAAAGACUUUAAAUACA